GAAGUCUAAAGGUUCUAAAUCAAAAGCAAAAGUAGAAGAGAGCGGAGACGACCAAACAGAAAAUCAUAUGGAAGGUCAAACAGAAGGUGAAACAGCAAAUCCGGAUCAAGUAUUAGUGGUGCCAUACAGGGUGCGUUUCUCCGAUACGAUAUGGAAAGACGCGAUGAUCCCUAACGAUGGAGUGCCAUUCUUCAGCGUGUCCAGGUUCAUGUGUUCGUGCGUCUACGGCAAGGAUAGACAUUCCAGAGAGAAGCAAAGGAAUCGAAGAGUGAUGAGAGAGCAAAAGAGGUUUCUAGAGGAAGGAACCCCACUGCCGAAGAGGAGGAACAGAGUUGGUACGAGAAAGGUUUGCUGCCCUGCCAUGCUCGCAAUGAAGAAAGUUGUGCGCCUCCCGGACUUCAAGGCGGAUGCACUCACACCGAAAAAGUGCCGAGAAGUCAGGGAGCUUGUCAGAACCAAGCUGCUAGAGGGGGAGGACGUGAGGAAAGAGAUCCGUGUUUAUAUCAAGCUUCCAAAGGAUGACGAACAUGCAAAGCAUGAGCUAGUCGAGGAACCGAAGAAGAAACGGAAGAAGAUGUUCAGGUACAACCAGAACUGCCCCAAGGCCACUCUGGAGGACAUUGAAAAGGCUUACAAGGUUGUUCAGGAGAGCAAGCUCUGCGUCCGAACUCCCAUGAUGCAUCACGCUCAAGACUGUCUGGGGCUGGACGUCGGGUGCGAUCUGAGUCUCAAGCUUGAGAACAUGCAGAAAACAGGUUCAUUCAAGGUGAGAGGACUAGCCAAUCAGCUGGCUCACAUUCCUCAGUACAUGGCCAAAAGACAACUGGAACUAGUAACCAUGUCAGCAGGGAAUUAUGGGAAGGCGUUCUCGUUUGCCCUUCAGGAGCUUGGUUAUAAAGCAAGGGUGCUCAUGCCUGAUACAGCCCCGCAGAACAGGGAGGAUACUAUGAAGGUAGGUGCAUGGAGUAACAGAUUUACAAAGAUCCUAAGUCAAAUUUAA